AUGGCGAAGCUAGAGUUGUUCGUCUCCGAUGUCCAAGGAUCGGUCGACGACCGACCUGCACUUGUGGACGGAGUUGACGCCGGAAGGGAGGAGCUGUUUGCGAAAGUGCAAGAGCUCAAGACCGGCAUGGGAGAACUCCGCCACGAGUUGCUGGGGACCCUACAGGAGGAACUAGCCCAACGGUACGAACCCUUUGAGGCUGCAAUGGCGGCCAUGCGUGCGGAGAUUGCUGAGCUUACGAGUAAGCUCGCCGAGGCACAAGCUACACGCGUGAACGGUGUCAUCACGGUGCAAGGUCCACGGGUGGACACGCCGAAGCCAAAGGAAUUUCGGGGCUCGCGGGUGGCCAAGGACGUGGACAACUUUCUGUGGUACAUGGAGCGAUACUUUCAGGCCAUGGGAAUCAACGACGACCAAACACGGGUAAACACUGCAUCUAUGUACUUAGCGGAUAGUGCUUUGUUGUGGUGGCGUCGUCGGUCGGAUGAUAGGUGCGGGAAUCCUAUCGCGACUUGGGUAGGCUUCGUCGAAGAGUUCCGACGGAACUACUUUCCCACUUAUGCGGAGGAGGAAGCUCGUGACGAGCUGAAGCGUCUCGAGCAAAAGGGUGGUGUGCGCGACUACAUCAAGCGGUUCUCGGAGUUGCUACUCCAAAUCCCUUCGAUGAAUGAAGUCGAAGCGUUUCACCAGUUCAUGGGCGGUCUCAAGCCAUGGACAAAGCAAGAGCUAAAUCGAUACAACGUGGGAGAUCUCACUACGACCAUGACCGUAGCCAAAUUGCUCGUGGAGUACAAGGCGUCGCCUUCCACAUCUCGACCGGACACCCGUCCAAGGGACAAAGGCACUGGUGGGGGAGAUCGGGGUAGAUUCAACAAUCGCCCGACUGGAGCUAGACCACCGAAUGGUCCUCAUCCUCACCGGGCUAAUGCGGGGCCAAAUGGAGGUGGUCAAAGGAAGGUACGCUCGUAUAGCUGUUUCUUUUGCGAAGGUCCACACAUGGCGCGGGAUUGCCCGAACAAAGCCAAGUUGGCCGCUCUUUGUAAAGAGGACGAGCCUAGGGAGGAAGCGCGGUUGGGAUCGCUGCGACUCCUUAGCACGAUCAAGGCCAAGAAGGCGAAGGAGCCUAAGGGCUUGAUGUUCGCGGACGUGAAGAUCGGAGUGACCACGAUGAGUGCACUUGUGGACACGGGAGCAUCCGACAUCUUCAUCUCAGAGGAGGCCGCGAAGAAGCUUAACCUACGGGUUGAGAAGGGAGCCAGUUGGCUCAAGACCGUGAACUCGAAGGAAGUCCCUGCGAUCGGGGUUGCAAGGGACGUGGAGCUACAACUCGGGUCAUGGACGGGCAAAGAAACUCUAGAGGUAAUUCCACUUGACGACUACGAUAUUGUCAUUGGAAUUAAGUUCCUAGAUAGAAUCCAUGCUGUUGUAGUUCCCUUUGCGGAAUGUAUAUGCGUGUUGGAUAAGGGUAGCCAAUGCGUGAUUCUGGUCCAUCGUGAGUUGGAGCGGGAUCGAAAGAUGAUCUCGGCCAUCCGACUCACCAAAGGAGCAAGGAAGGGUGAGGUGACCUUCCUGGCGGCCUUGAAGAUUGAGGACGACGAGGGUGAAGGGAAGGAAGUCCCGACGGAAGCAACCCAAGUCCUCGACUCAUUCAAGGACGUCAUGCCUUCGGAGCUGCCGAAGAAGCUGCCACCCAAGAGGGAGGUGGAUCACCGGAUCGAGCUUGUGCCUGACGCUCGACCGCCUGCCAUGGCGCCUUACCGUAUGGCGCCACCCGAGUUAGAAGAACUAAGGAAGCAACUCAAGGAGCUGCUCGAUGCGGGCUAUAUUAGGCCGUCAAAGGCCCCGUUCGGUGCGCCGGUCCUGUUCCAAAAGAAGCACGAUGGGUCACUCCGGAUGUGCAUCGACUACCGGGCGCUGAACAAGCUGACCGUGAAGAACAAGUACCCGAUCCCGCUCAUUGCGGAUCUCUUUGAUCAACUUGGGGGAGCUUAG